CAACUAAAUAAAUCCUCUUCUCUUCCCUUCUCUUCUCCUCGGUAUGAGACCAUCAUAAUGCGCCGGGUAGUAGUGACUGGCCUCGGAGCCAUCACGCCCUUGGGUGUAGGCGUGAAACGAACCUGGACCCGUCUUCUCAGUGGCGAAUGCGGAAUCGUCAGUGUCGCAGAUCUUGAGCCUCAAACGCGAUGGAAAGAGUUGACAAGCACAGUCUCUGGGUUAGUGCCCAGCGGUGACGGUGAAGGACAAUGGAGGGCAUCAGACUGGCUCAGCGCAAAUGAGCAAAGGCGAAUGUCCAAGUUUACACAAUAUGCCAUUGCUGCUAGCGACAUGGCUCUCAAAGAUGCAGGGUGGGAGCCAAAGAGCGAAGAACAACUGGAAGCUACUGGUGUUUGUCUAGGGAGUGGUAUUGGAAAUCUGGAUGAGAUUUAUGACACCAGCUUAGUACACCAUAAAGAUGGCUACAAAAAGGUAUCACCACUAUUCGUACCCAAAAUUUUGAUCAAUAUGGCGGCUGGUCACAUAGCCAUGAAAUAUGGUUUCCAAGGCCCCAACCAUGCAGCAACUACAGCUUGCACAACCGGUGCGCAUUCAAUUGGAGAUGCAUCACGCUUCAUCAGCAUGGGAGACGCCGAUAUCAUGGUUGCAGGAGGCUCAGAAUCGUGCAUUCAUCCCUUGACAUUUGCAGGCUUCGGCAGAGCAAGAUCCUUAUCGACAGCAUACAACAACAAUCCCACAGCGAGCUGCCGCCCAUUUGAUGCCGACCGCAACGGUUUCGUGGUUUCUGAGGGUGCUGCGGUUCUGAUUCUCGAAGAGCUGGAGCACGCCAAAGCACGAGGAGCUCGCAUCUAUGCUGAAAUUAAAGGCUAUGGCUGCAGCGGCGAUGCCCAUCAUAUGACAGCACCACGAGAAGACGGUCGCGGCGCAUUUCUUGCUAUGAAGAAAGCUUUAAAGAAUGCUGGAGUUAAGCCUUCACAAGUUGAUUAUAUCAACGCACACGCGACAGCGACAAACGUUGGAGAUGUGGCAGAGACUUCGGCUAUUAGGCGACUCAUGUUAGGUGAAGAGGGACAUGAAAAAGAAUCAGACAUUACAGUCAGCAGUACCAAAGGUGCAGUUGGACAUUUGUUAGGUGCUGCUGGAGCCAUUGAGGCCUUGUUCUCUGUCCUAGCCAUUCACCAGAGAGUUGUACCUGCGACUUUGAAUUUACAGAAGCCAGAUGUUGGUGCUGCCUUUAACUUUGUACCGAAUGCGGCACAGGAAAGAAACGUUGGCGUAGCUGUAUCCAACAGCUUUGGAUUUGGUGGUACGAAUAGCUCAUUGGUAUUCUCCAAGUACUGACGAGUUUGAUAUUCAACUACAAAUUAGCUGUACUUUUGUACCAAUUAAAAAAAA